AUGAUGGUUAUGAACUCCUUCGUUACAGAUAUCUUCGAACGUAUCGCCCAGGAAGGCGCUCGUCUUGUCGAUAUGAACGAACGUAACACACUCGGUUCCCGCGAAGUUCAGACAGCUGUUCGUCUUGUUCUUCCAGGCGAUCUUGCUAAGCAUGCCGUCUCAGAAAGUGGCAAGGCUGUCGCUAAGUUCAACGCUGAGUAA